AGCUUCGAGUUAAGUUCACUCUUGAGCUCUGUCAAAUAAAAGGAAGUAAUGUGUAUGCCUGCAUUAUUUCGACGGAACCAUUUACAAGAGACAGAGGUUUCCUCCUAUGGUCUACAGCCCCUCUUACGUUACACUAGCAAAUUAGUAAUGGCAUUUUUACCUAGAGCCUUUCUUCUACUGCUUCUGGCAGUAGUUUGUAUUCAACUGAGUGGAGUUCUAGCUGAUGGACCUGACAGGUGCUGGUGUUUGAACAGUUUGAAGAAACAUGUCCCAAGAGAAGAUAUUGAAGAGUUCUCUAUUUUCCCCAGAAGAUCACAUUGUGACAGCGCUGAAAUCAUACUGACACUGAAACCUGUGAAUAACUCAUCUGAAGUCAUUCAGCGCUGCUUGAGUCCAGACACAAAACAAGGCAUUAACCUGCAGCUUUGUUGGAACAGGAAGAACAUCAACAAGACCUCCACAUUUAAGAUGUCCAACUGUUUCUAAAGCCAUACAUUAAAGUGCAGAAGAAGAAAAAGGGAGGACAGAAGGGGGGAUCUGGGAACUCCAGGAAAUUCCAUCCUGUCACAUGACCCUGCUGGCCAAUCAGAAUCCUGGGAUUUAGGUGUUGGGCUCAUGUUGCUCUUGGGAAACCACAGAAGACUUGAAAACACUCGGACCACUGUCAGUAUCCGCCGGACACAGAUGUUGUCGACAAACGCAUUUGGAUUAGAAUUCACUUGCGAUAUGACUGAAGCACUGAAUAGAUCAUUACUCCAAGCAGUAUUUAAAAGACUAUAUAUUAAUUUAACUUAUUUUAUAAUGUACAUUUUUUUAAAAGUGUUACUUUUUUUUUUAUCUGACCAGAGCAUUUAAUGUUAUAUGUGAUGUGUUAGGACUGAUUGGGUCAAAUUGUUUCUUGAGCAUGUAAUUUUAUUGCACACAAAGUACAUUUUUAGGCUACCUAACAAAAUAUUUUUAGAAAGUAGUCUACUUUUGUAUCGUUUUGUAAUAAAAGCCAAUUUCAAGUUAUUUUGCAUAUUUAUUUUCAAAAUCCAUUAUAUUUUUCUGUUGAUAUGAUGAUAUGUGUAUGAUUAAAUUAUAUAGGAAAACAUGUCAGUUUAGUAGUAAAAUGUAUCUCGAAAGUGGAGGAAGACUACUUAGAUGCUGUUCUUCUGCUAUUAUUAUUUUUUUUUUUAUGGUAGAUUUUACAAGAGUCCCCCCUACUGGUCAUGUCCAAAAAUGUAUGCUCAAAAAGCCUCAAAUUUUCAAGAUUGACAAAAUAACUAUUUAACAGAUGCGUUUAUCCAAGUGUUUUGCUUAAGGGUGUGUGGUUCAAACCUUUUUGGCUUCCAGCCUAGAUCAUUAACCACUAUGUCACCAUGGACAGUUUAAUAGGGAAUGCAUUUAGUUUUAAAAAGAUAUUGAGUCAGAAUGCAAGAAAUUGCCAAUGAUCACUCAGUUUUACAUCCUCACACAUCUACAGCUGUUGUGAUCCAGCAUGUUCGACUGAGUGAAAUGUGCUGGGGGAAAUACACUGUUUAUUUAUUUUU